UGGACCCGAGCGAACCCCGUCUCUCGGGCGGCAAGAUAGAAGAAAGAAGCGCUCGAGUCCUCCGCUGCGAACGCCUUUGUGCGCCCACCGCCCGUGGCUGCCCGGAGAAGCCGACCUCCUCGCCACACUCCCGUCCCAUCCUCUGUGCUACCUUGAUCAUAUCCCUCCUUCUCUCUCGCACACAGCCCGCCCUCGCACCCACGCCAUCUUUUUCGCAGUUCGGUCAGGGUCUUGGGUGAAUCCGAGAAGAAGGUUGCGAACCGGGGGGGGCCAGGACAGCGAGACCCGCUGCUACGCCUCAACAAGAAAGUGCCGCGGCGGCUUCUCUUCGACAGAGGCUCGGCUCGAACCAUCCACUGGCCGCUACGAGAAACGGAACUGCUUCACCCUCAUCCUCCGGGGCUCAUUGCCGUUCGGCGCGAGUCCCGUGAAUCAUAGUUGUUGCAGCGAGUACUGAAGAACGUGCCCCUACAGAUGUUCCCGUCCACCGAUUGGCUACCGAGUCAUCUCUGAGUCAAAACAAGUGGAGCGGGACUCUUUCGGGACGUCACUGUCCGGAGAUCUUCGAGAGCAAAGAUGUCGUGGCAGCAACAAGGUGGGCCGUUUGGCCACAACAUGCCCAUGACUCCCGGCGGCUCAAGUGACCCCAACAGGAUGGCCUUCGCCUCUAAUCGCACGCCAACAAGUCCGCAGUGGUCUGCUCCAUCAUGGCCGCCAGCACCGGAAACGCCAGACGCACCGGUGUACUGCAGCACGGGCGCAUUGUUCCCUAUGCAAGGCGGAAGUCACACGCCAUCCGCAGGUCAGAGGUCGGCGUCGCCCAACGGCCGCUUCACAUCGAGCGGACCAAAGUUUCCCAUUCCGCCACCUCCGGCCGCAGGAGCCGCUUCCCCGCGCGUACAAAAUACGUUCGGAAUACCGCCGCCGCCGCCAGCUGGACAAGGGAGGUCGUCGCCUUCAAGCGGCGGUUACAGUCCCAACGCCUUCCAAAUACCUCCGCCACCACCUCCCGGUGGCCGUACGGGGAAUGCCUCGCCUUCUGUUUCUGGCGGUGGACGCAGCCCCGGUGCCUUUUACAUACCGCCACCCCCGGCACAGUCCCUAGGAGGCAUGGUGUCCUCGCCGACGGGCGCCGCCGAGGGCUACGAAGAUCAGUCGUACUCGUACCCUCCGCCUCCACCGCCCAUCGCGUCGUCAUCGCCGGUGCCCGGUGGUUAUGGCAGCGGCGGACCAUUCCAACACGAACCGCCCACGCCGCCCCCUCCUCCACCUCCGCCAUCUUCGCAGCAGGUCCCUGCGCCACCGCCACCACCACCGCUUCCUCCAGUUCAAGGUGGAGGAGGAGGCCCGGGUGGACCACCGCCGCCCCCUCCACCGCCACCACCCCCACCACCGUCGGGUGGUGGACCCACUUGGAGGCAGAAGCAGGAGGCUGAGAAGGCCGCACAGAGGCAAUCAGGAUGUGGCUACGAUCCUGCACAGAUUGCGGCCCAGGGACCCCAGGACGGCACCCAACCAUUCUGCUACCUGCCUCCCCAGCUGGUGGGCACUCUCAACAGCAAGGAUAAGAAGCCGUUCACAUACACACCCGGCGGUUUGGACCUGUCGGAGAUCAAGUCCCCGCGCAUCCAGAGGCGCAUCAACGCUCGCCAGGAAGCAGCCGCCGCGCAAGGCGAAGGAUGGGGAGAUCCGCCCAGUCGCCAAAUGGAAGGACUGAACUUGGAUGGGACACCCUCGCAGCAGCAAGACCGUUACAUGGACCCCAAUCGGACCCAGUCUCUGCCCCGUCCGGCGCCAGGACAGCGUGCUUCAGACCCGGGUGACUUCGUGCAGUCGCGAUCCUUCCGCGUGCUGCAGAAGAUUACCGACACCGAUUCUCCGGACUAUCAACCACCAGCGCCGCCCAAGCCUCGUGAGGAGGAUGAGAUGCGGUUCAGCGGCCUGCGAAGGGAUCAGAUCCCUUCGCGUUCCUUCCAGGCGCUCCAGAAGAUGACCGGCGCAGACGACCAGCCCUACCAGCAGCAGCAGCAGCAGCAGCAGUACUACUACCCGCAGCAGCAGCAGGAACCACCACCGGACAUCCGCGAGUACUGCAACCACCCGGAGGAGCUGGACGACACGACCAUCAACCCGCGCUACCGCGGAGGCAACAUCCCCUCUCGCUCCUUCAAGAUGCUUCAGGAGAUGACCGGCGACGACGGCUCCGUAGCGCCUUCCGUUUUCGACCAGAAACGUCAGCAACAGCAGCAGCAGCAACAACAAGGGGGUCCCAAACCGCGCAAGACGACUCAGAUGACCAUCCAACUGGGUGGGCCCGCCGAAGAGGCCGGCUACUCUGGUCCGCAAGGGCAGGGCGGGUUCGUGCAUCAUCCCGAGAAGGUGUUCCCCCACCCCAACGUGCCGGCUUCGCAACAGGAGGCCGAGCCGGACCCGCGCAAGUACACCGGCGGAAGCAUCCCUUCCAGGUCCUUCAGGAUGCUGCAAGCCAUGACGGGAGAGAACACCGGAGACGGUGGCACAGACUUCUAAAAAGCGAUCUUGGACGCGGGGCUUACCACGCCAUGGACGAAGACAACGCCAGUGGGAAGCGGUGAAAAUGCACUCGUGCGACGCUGGCUCGAGCUCCCCACUUGCGCUACGAGUCGCGCGGUCCCCAGUCGCGUUGCGGCUUGUUCUUUUUUUUUUUCCUUUGUUAUGUUUUCCUUCGUUGUUAAAGGCAGCACGCGUCUGUGUCCCGCUAUUGGACUGUGCUUCGCAAUCAUAGCUCGACAUUUCAGCACACGCACACGUGAAAGACGCAGCUCGAAGCGUGGCGCCAAAUACUGCUCGGCAUGGUGUCCUAGACGCCUGUACUUGCGCUAUGUGUAGUAAAUAACGAACACUGAGAUAAGAUAGUUCCUAACAUCGCGAAGACGGCGGCCUAAAGGUCGUGUGAGAGAGCGAAGGAUAAAUGAAAAGCAGGGACGUUAACAGUUAAGAAAGUGAAAGAAGGAAUCGACGACGGAAUGAAAAUUCUCUGCACUGCAUGUGUCUCGGAUUACGGUUGGUUGCCUUCAAAAAUCACAGCAGCACAUUUGUGGCCGUUUUCAGGUGUGUUGUGUGAGAUGAUGGUCCCGAGAUCUGCUUAACAUGAGAAGUCGCCCGCCUCGCUGAUUUCGAGCGGCUAUGGAAGGUAAAAACGCGUCGAUAAGGGUUAAUACGCUGAUAUUGUAAUUAAACAGUGACCUGACGAAUGUUCUCCAGACUUGAAAAUUGUGAGCGUCAUGCAGAUUCACGAAGUUUGUGUUAACUAAGCACGAUACCACGGCCCGAGUUGCUUCUAUCGCACGCGCGUAUGCUGAGACAAAAAAAGAGAAAGAGAGGAAGUUGCGGUUGAGAAGCACGACACGUUUGUUUCUGUCAACGCUUGUUUUCUCCGGUUCGCGUUUGAAUACGUUGACAUGUCGAUUGGUGCUAUUGCGGAGGGUCAUGCUCGGGGAGUCCAUUUGCCGUGGUAUUUCUACAUCGCAAUAGCUAUACGCGUGAGCCAGCCGCCUAGAUGUGUAUGUUGUUCCUUUGUUUCUGCAGGAAAAAUGGCACUGUGUUUUUUUGUUUUACCCGGUGUAUUUGCCAAGGUUACAUUGAUCUGAGGUGUAUCGUAAUACAUGUCGCACUUAAGUGGGCGUGGGGCUCAGUUAAAGCGCUCAUAGUAGUCUCUAGUCAUCAUGGAGCUCGGCAUCUGCAAUAUUGUAUUCGCUGUGACAGUAGUCUCAGGUAGUGCUUUAUUUUACAAAGAAAAAAAAACCCGAUAUCUUCGUUUUUCUUUGCCAAAAAGUCGACAAGCUCUUAUCUGAGAGCUUUCUUGUGUAAGUGCAUUGUGUGACAGCAAAAGGCGCCUUUUUAUUGAGGAGGCUUUGUUCACAGCAGGUGUUCGAGAUAGAAAAAAAAAACAAAGGCAAUAUUCUUUUACGUCCUUCCGAUUUGCCAUUUGUUAUAUGUUAACAUGUUUAUCAAAUCGAGCGCACCUAUGGUGCGUAAUAUUGUCAUUCGCGCUCUCUAAUCCAAGUGCCUUUCACGCGUCGCAGAGUUAGAGAAUAAAACGGAUGAAAAAGCCCUUCAUA